AUGUCUGACGUUUCGAAGAAGAUCCUGGUUCUUGGGAGUGGCAUGGUGGCUCCGCCUUGUGUUGAGUAUCUCGUUCGCAAUCCCAAAAACAGAAUUACAGUCGGUGAGUAUGACAUGCUCAAGACUUUGGAUGAGCUUAUUUUCAUUUGUGUAGCAUGCCGGACCUUGCCGAGCGCCCAGAAACACGCGGCCGGUUUCCCUCGCACAAAUGCUAUCAAUCUCGAUGUCUCGUCAAUGAUGGAUCUUGACAGGCAGGUCGGCGCUCACGAUCUUGUUAUCUCACUCAUUCCGUACAUAUAUCAUGCUGCUGUGAUCAAAUCAGCAAUCAAAAGUAGAACUCAAGUCGUCACCACGAGCUACGUGUCCCCAGCAAUAAAGGAGCUGGAAGGUGAAGUGAAGGAGGCUGGUAUCACGGUGUUGAAUGAAAUUGGCGUUGACCCAGGUGUCGAUCAUCUCUACGCCAUAAAAAAGAUUGACGAAGUUCACGCAAAAGAUGGGAAAAUCCGAGAGUUCUACUCAUAUUGCGGAGGACUUCCGGCUCCUGAUUGUGCGGACAACCCACUCGGCUUCAAGUUCUCAUGGUCCCCACGUGGUGCACUCCUUUCGCAACGCAACUCUGCAACCUUUCUGCAAAAUGGCGAAGUUAUAGAGAUCUCCUCUGAUGAUCUUAUGACUACGUCAAAGCCAUACUAUGUCAUGAAGGGCUAUGACUUUGUAGCUUAUCCAAACCGCAACUCCGUUCCAUUUCGUGAGUUCUACAACAUUCUCGAAGCGCACACUGUCAUCCGAGGGUCACUUAGAUACGAAGGAAACCCAGCGUUCUUGCAAGCCUUGGCCAAUCUUGGAUGGUUGGAGCAAGAUAAGAAGGACUGGUUGAAAGAUGACAUGACGUGGGCCGAGAUCCAGAAAAAGACUAUCGGUGCCUCAAGCACAGACGAGGGAUACGAUACUUCUCUAAUAUCUCGUAUCAAAGAAGUGGCCAAGUUUCCGAGCCAGGCAGAGAGCGAUCGUAUCAUCUCGGGUAUGAGGUGGAUGGGUAUCCUCUCUUCCGAGAAAGUUACUGUGGCCGGAGGAAAUCUCCUUGACACACUGUGCACGCAACUGGAAAAUCUCAUGAGCUUCAAGCCGGGAGAACGAGAUUUGGUUAUACUUCAGCACAAGUUUGUGGUCGAGUGGAGUGAUCAGAAAAUGGAGACGUUUACGUCUACGCUUGAGCUGCUUGGCAAUCCACAGCGCUACUCUGGCAUGGCACUUGCAGUCGGAGUGACCUGCGGUAUUGCGACACAGUUGCUGCUAGAUGGUCACUCGGUGUUGAGCGAACCAGUGUGCUUGCGCCGUACAAGAAGGAAAUCUGCGACCCCAUCAGUGUGUUGGUGGAGAAAGAAGGAGUGA